CACACCGGUGAUGGGGAGCUCAAAGAAGGGCCCUGCUGGGGCGGGCGGAAGCCGCGAGGCCGCGGGGCCGGGUCCUUCCUCUGCCGUUCCCCGCCCGCUCCGCCCGCCGGCCCCGCGCAGGCGCGGCCCGGGGCGCGGGAUGGCGGCGGCGGCGGGCGCCGUGCCGGUAGCGGUGCCGGUGCCGGUGGCUGUGUCGGGCGCGGACGCGGCGGGGCCGGGGGAGGAGGCGGCGGGGUCGGUGUGCCCGGGCCCGGCCCGCGUGGCGCGGCUGCCGCUGGCGCGGGUGAAGGCGCUGGUGAAGGCGGACCCGGACGUCAGCCUGGCCAGCCACGAGGCCGUCUUCGUCCUGGCGCGGGCCACGGAGCUGUUUGUUGAAACCAUAGCCAAAGAUGCUUACGUGUAUGCUCAGCAAGGAAAAAGGAAAACUCUGCAGAGAAAAGACCUGGAUAAUGCCAUUGAAGCUAUUGAUGAAUUUGCUUUUUUGGAAGGUACUUUGGACUGAGCUGGGCAGCGAUGGAGCUCUGGAGAAAUAGAGAGAUGGACACAGGGUGGCAAACAGGAUGCUGAGACUUCAAACAUAGUUCAUAGAAUUGAAAACCUGAAAUGGCAGCCAUCGUAUUUUGUAUGAAGUUUAAGUUGUUGUAAACUCUUUAUUUAAAAUGCAUAAUUAUUUUAUUAUUUUUUUCCCCAUAACUAUUUUGUAUGUCAUUUCCUGGUGUCCUGCUGCCUCGGUGGGGGCUGCUCAGAGCUCUCACCAGGCCCCUGCAGCACCCCAGAGCUGUGAGUGGAGGGUGGCUCAGCUCAGGCGUGGGGACUCUUUUGGAAUGGAACUGUAUUUUUCUUUGUAUAUGUUUGUUUCUUGGCCAAACACAAUUAAUUUUUUUUUUAAAUAUAUAUUUUUUGGUUGAA